AGGCGGAAGACAACAAUGAUGCAAUGGACGAGCAGGACAAUGAGCAGGACGAUGAGCUCGAGCGCGAUCGCUACGCUAACGAUCAGAGACUAAAGUCUCGUUUCGAGAACAUCUUCGCAAAGUAUGCGCGCGACUUCUCUGGCAUCGGUGAUGAAAUCGAUAUGGAGACCGGUGAAAUUGUGGUGGACAACGGACAUUUAGCGAACAUGCAGCAUGAAGCGGACCCUGGCGAUGGCGAAUCAACGCAGCUAUUGAACGACUUCCGACUAACGCUUGAGCAUGAGGACGAAGCGGAUGGUACCGAUACCAGCGAAUUGACCGAAUUGGAGGAUUCCGGAAGUGAAGAUGAAGCAGCCUCAAGCAAUACAUCCAUCAGCGGCGGCGACUCGACCGGUAACCCGCCGAAAGCGUCACAACAUUCGCACAACGUUCCAAUCGAUCCGGCACUCUUGCAGACGUCAGUCCUGACAUCUGCUUCCGAUCUAACUACGGCCGCAACAAGGCAAGAUGCCGCCGAGGGCGAGCUCGUCCGUGACGAUGCUGGUCACUCUGUUACACAGCCACAAGUGAUGACAAGUGCUGUGUUCAAUCAACAUACUACAGCCGUAGAUGUUGUAAGCAUGCCAGGCGUCAAGGAGUCACUGCUAUUGUUGCGUCGCACGAGUGCAGCAGAGGUUGACCCGGACAGGAUCCACGCGCUGGGUAUGAGUAUCGCGAAUCAGAUCGCAAGGUUCAUUGGCGGAGGUAGUGAGUCCAAGUCCGAACCGACAUCCAAAAGCAAGCGCAGCGAGCCGGCUUGGGAUUAUCCAGAGCUGCCUGCGUUCAAGCGUAGAAAUACGGAGAGGGCGCGGCCUUCAUUGCCUCAGUUGACGAACUUGAUCUCGUCACCAGUCAACACUAAGAAAGGUGAACCAAAGGAAUCCGUCUGGGCACCCUUGCGCCACCCAAGACACUCUAAGCGCAAGCCUGGUAUCAGGGAGAAAGGGUUCGCUGAUGCUGUGGCAAACGAUGUGAGCCGUCUUCCAGCCCUGGCAAGUUUAGAGGUGACAACUGGUCCGGCACACAACGACGAGGUCGGCAAUCUGAAGAAGUGCACCAACUGCAGCAUUGCAGCGACGGUGGCUUGGCGGCGAGGUCCAGACGGUCCUGGUUCGCUGUGUAACUGCUGCGGCAUGUACUACUACCGGUACGGUCUGAUGAAGCCGCUGAGACCGCCUACGCCGGAACCUGACUCCGCUGAUGAAGACGGGGACGUCGCGGACGGACGAUCUGGCCGGCGACGUAAGGCAGGGACGCGCCAUGUCCGAUUCAGCGCGCAAGAGGACGCGCUCAUCAUUAAGCUCAAGGAGGUCGACAAACUGUCGUGGGAGAUGCUUGGGCGCUACUUCAUCGGACGCUCAAUUUACGGCGUACAGUGCAGAUACAGCAAGAAGCUCUUGGGUGAAUGCGACGGCAGAGACGCCCUGAUUGAGCAAGGAUUCGUCUUGGAUGGAUUCGAUGCAACGGGGCCCGAAGCGGCCUUCACCGAAGAGCAAGACGAGCUUCUCAUGCGGCUUCGUGAGAACGACAAAGCUGAGUGGGACGUGAUUGCUGCUAGCGUGCCCGGCAAGACCGCGAGGAACAUCGAAGCGCGCUACAAGAUCCUCAUGGGCAUACAACCAGACCCGGCCGAGCUAAGAAGGCGCAAGCGGGCCAAUCCGGUAUAUGCCAAGGACAAGGCGCCGAAAAAUCACGGUCGACCUUUCACUGCGGAAGAGGACGAGCUGCUGAUCAGGCUCCGCGAGAUCGACAAGCUGCCGUGGGAGAUUCUUGCGCAGGAGUUUAACGGGCGGACGUGGCUGUCUUUGCAAAAGCGCUACGUUCGCACCCUCGCGCAGAGGCAGAAGGUUAUGAAGGCGGGUGGGGACGAUCCGUAUAUGCAUCUCUUUCUGGAGGCGGACAACGACUCGGACGACAUCUUGAUGGGCCACGCAGGUCGCAAACGCAUCGAUGAGAUGCUAAAGCAGCGCCGGGAGGAGGAUGAUAUCUUAUUGCAUCUGAAAGAUGAGGAGGGUUUAACGUUCGAGCAGAUUGCCGAGGAGAUGCCGGGGCGGACGGUCGUAAGUCUUGAGAAUCGGUACAAGGCGCUGAAGGACACGGAUGAUUCCAUGGAUGUGCCGCAGCCGACGUCGCCGGGGGUGCGAGACGCGCUGGCGGCGCAGAGUCAAGACGAGGAUCCUGUCACCGCAGAGUGCAAUUCGCCAAUCCAAGAGGCCGAGCACCGCCCUGGGGAUGUAGCUAACAUCGCUCAUGACGAUCAAGGCAGGCUGGACUCUGGCACCCUCACCCCUGGAAUCAUGGAAGACGAACGCGUGGAACUCGAUCCGCCGGUUAAUGACAAAGCUGACGGCGGCGUGUCGCCAGCUAUCGAUCCCAUGCUACAGCAAGAAGGGCCGUUGUUGCAGCAGGGUGAGGUCCCGUACCUAUAUAAGUGUGGCACAGUGCUGGACGUUGAAGCGUCGCAAGGGCAACAAAACGCAGCCGUGACAACUGAACAGGAGUCGUCCACCGCUCCAGCUGGGCCCGAGCCUCAGAAGCCACAGAACAAGGGGAGUACGUCUCGGGUUACGACACAGCGAGCCGUCUCGCCAGCCGAUGCGGAGCUCCAACAGCCGCGAAAGAGGCGCACUCCCAAUCGAGACGUGUCAGACAGCCGCCUCCCCGUAGCCAAGUUCCGCUCCCAGUACUCAUCUGCAGAGCACGGCAUUGUCUUUGAGCUUCGUGAUAAAGGCUUGACUUGGAAUGAGAUUGCCGAACACUUGCCUGGACGCACCCCGCGGUCGGUCGCUUACUACCAUGCUGCCAAUGUACCUGUCGAUCUUCAGAGUCUUGCCACUGUCAGGCCAACUGUAGAUACUGAGAAGCCUGCUCGUAAGUCCAAGAAGUCUGAGUUCAAAGCCACAAGCAAAACGCAGGAAAAUCUGUUGCGGCAGGUGCUGGAGAAGGCUGCGGCGAUGGUGGAGCGACCAGACGCUUCUUUCAACCAAGACGGACCAAUCAACCAGCUUAGAGCUCUGCUGGACGUUGGCGAAGGGCAGAGCGUCAUAGACGGAAACACGAUGGAGGCGCAGAUCGACGUUGCCGCUCUUGCUCGCUUGCUGGCCCGAGCGUCGCAGCAGGAUGCGCAGUCGGCCGACCUUGGAGUCCACAUCAAGCAAGAGGGCGAUGAUGACGAAGUGGUCUUUGUGUCUUCGCACCCUGUUCAGGUCGCACCACGGUUCUCGCCACUAGCGGAUCCGGAAGAAUCCAAUGCGCUGCAGAGUGAAUCGGGCGAGCCUCCACCGCCAGUGCAGACAGCUCUAGACCAAACACCCGCGCGACGGGAGUAUCAACCCUGGCAGCAACCAGCCACGCCGUCCAAGGUAGCAGACCUGGACGCUCCAAUACCGACAUCUGCGCUUGCAAUGGCCAAACCCGCCGCAGCUGUCUCGACCUUCCCUUCGCUCGUGUUAGCGACUCUGAGCCAUUCUGGAGGGGAGGAUGCGGGCCGGAGCAGCCAUACUGUCCAUGUCCCUCAACCAGAUCGCACGCGUUGUGCUCGCAAGCGUCGUGCAUCGGCACCAAGAGCGUCUCCGCGACCUCGCAAGAGAGCAUCACGUGGAGAUUUUGAGCGGUGCGACUCCGCCGUGGAGACUGAUGACCCACAGGACAAGUCGAGCGCCGCGGACUCUGCCGUUCAGGCUGUGAUUGCAGGGAACACGUCUGUGCCGCUGCUGGAAGAUGGAGACUGUCUAGCCCCGCUCGCUCCUGAAGAUGCUCCCAGUUCUGGACGACAUGCUACUAUUUCCGGCACGCAAAAUAUCGAGGAGGCCGUGGCACCGCAGACUCAACCCCUCGACAUCUCUCCUACGAAUGCUGCAAUAAAGCAGAGUAAUAUCAUAUCACCUGCCUGCUCGCCAACCGCAGAUUCAGAAGAUGCGCUUACUUUACAUUCCGCGGCGACAGCGGUAAAGGAAGUGUACUCGGCCGCCCUGACGCCAUACUCCAUGUCGUCUUCAAUGAUGUACUUCCCGCCCACGGCGAGUUCGGACCCGGUCGCGGCGCCCUCGGUCGAAAGUCACAUGUUGUUUGUUGGCAUGGAUGUGAAAGCUGACAGUGUGCGAGCGGAGAGGCGCGCGAAGGGAUCUGUCUAGGAGACACUUCAUAUGCGGCAUGGGAGCGAGUAUCGUCCGACGAUGCGGAGGCGCAGAGGGCAUGCCUUUGGCAGGAGUAAAUCGUCAUCCUUACCGUUGGUCGCGAGUAGGGUGUCUGCGCGCUCGAGAGGUACGCCAGGUAUGGGAAGGAUGCUGUCCGGUUCUACGAUACGCUGGUUGGACAGUUCGGAGGAUGAGUUGGCGUCUUGAUGCGAACAUUCCAGGCUUGUACCAUUCCCGUGUCGCGAGGGACUACAUGAUAUGCAUGCUAGCAUGCUACCAAUACUCCGUGAGCUCGAUUUGCAGCAAUUACGGAGACAUGAAAACCUUUUCCGACCAGCAUCUCGGUGUACCUUGCUGUUAAGAUGCUGCGGUGCAAAAGCAUUUAUAUGCAACGGACAUUACUAU